GGAAGACGUUAUCUUGUGGAGGCCAAAUUGAAGUGCGAAACAAAGCCCUCCGCGGGGAAAAAAAGAAAAGAGAACAGUUCUCACUCUGCUUCUCAACGAUGAUUGCCAUUUCAACGGCCCUCAUUCACCAAGUUUGCUCGCCGUCCGUCGCGCGUGCAUUACGCUCUCGCUGCGUGGCUGCCGUUCCCUCUCGGAACCUCUCCACCUCCAUAUCCUCUUCCGCUGAGCCCUCUCCUGAAGCUCCCAAAGUGCUCAUUGGCUUGUCGGACCAGGAGCUACAACAGCUCGCCCUCGACUUCGGUCAGGAGAAGUAUAGAGGGAAGCUACUCCAUCAGCUUAUUUACAAGAGGAAGGUCAAGGAAAUUGAAGAAUUUACCAAUUUGCCACUGAAAUUCAGGAAUGAUCUUCAAGAAGCUGGAUGGAGAGUCGGCCGUUCGCCUGUUUACCAGUCUGUUACUGCAGCUGAUGGGACCGUGAAGUUAUUGCUUAAGUUGGAUGACAAUAGGCUGAUUGAAACAGUUGGCAUACCUGUGGAAGACAAAAACAAUAAAGGUUCAGUUCGUCUCACUGCUUGCAUCUCAUCACAGGUUGGCUGCCCUCUGCGCUGUUCUUUUUGUGCCACUGGAAAAGGAGGAUUUUCUAGGAAUCUUCAGAGACAUGAAAUUGUUGAGCAGGUAUUUGCAAUUGAGGAUAUUUUCAACCAUAGGGUCACAAAUGUAGUAUUCAUGGGAAUGGGUGAACCAAUGUUAAAUAUGAAAUCAGUGCUUGAAGCGCAUCAAUGCUUGAACAAGGAUGUUCAAAUUGGACAAAGAAUGAUUACAAUUUCUACUGUGGGCGUUCCUAACACAAUUAAAAGGUUGGCUUCUCACAAGCUUCAGUCAACAUUGGCCGUCAGCUUACAUGCACCAAACCAGAAGCUUCGGGAGACUAUUGUACCCAGUGCAAAAGCAUAUCCUCUCGAAGCACUCAUGAAAGACUGUCACGAUUAUUUCCUCCAAACUAGUCGGAGAGUAUCGUUCGAGUAUGCACUUUUAGCUGGAGUCAAUGAUGCAGUAGAGCAUGCUGUAGAACUAGCGAAGCUUCUUCAUGAAUGGGGAGGUGGCUAUCACGUGAACCUGAUACCUUUCAAUCCCAUAGAAGGCUCUGAGUAUCAGCGUCCAUACAAGAAAGCUGUGAUGGCAUUUGUAGCUGCUCUAGAGUCCCAUAAAAUCACUGUAAGCGUUCGUCGAACAAGAGGCCUGGAUGCAAAUGCAGCUUGUGGUCAGCUAAGGAACCAAUUUCAAAAGAACCCUUUGCUUGUUGAUUCCGACAUCAGUCAGUCUGAAGCAGCUGAAGCUGUGGCAUGUUGAUGCAAAAAGUUCCUUAUUAUUUGAUAUUCUACCGACUUCAUUGUGUUGCAUCCAUCUGGAGGCUUGAAGAGCUAAUUUCUUUUGUGGGGUCAGAGGCGCGUCAAGGAAGCUUGAUAGAUAUGGAUCUAAAGAAUGGAGGGGCAACCAGCACAUCCAGGUCUGUUCUAUACUCUAUAUUCACAGGCCGUUGUACAAACGGUGGAGCAAUUGAGGAGGGAUCGAAUUGUGCAUUUAUCGACGUAUUGGUAUACCAAUGGUCUGUUGGUUGACCCUUAAAUCUAAAUCAUUGGUUUCUUAGAGGGAGAGGAAAUCUGAAAGAGGCUUAUUUUUUACUGCUUAUCCACUAGCUGAAUUUCUGCUUGGUAAUUAUGUGAUUUCAUUGGAUAUUUCCCUUUUGAACUCAAGGCUAUCUAUCCAACAGAACAUGUGGUUCAAAUUUUCAAUAGGAUGCCAAUUUAGAGCUGUUCUUUCCCCUAUGUACUGAUGCUCACUUUAGGAUGAUUUGUUCGAUAAUAAAUUUGUCUUUACCUAUAAA